AAAUCUCCCCAAAAUUCCCCUCCCCAGGUGCUGACGGUGGCGGCCACGGAGCCCCUGACCCUGGAGCACUCCAGACCCCCCCAAAAUUCCGGGACCCCCCAAAAUUCCGGGACCCCCCAAAAUUCCGGGGCCCCCCCGGAAGCUGGGAGGCCCCAAAACCCGGCCUGGAGCCCGAAUGCCGGGAAUUUGGAGGUGGAUUUUGGGAGGAUUUACGAAUUCCUGGCCAGGAUCGGAGCGGGGGGGGAGGGGCCCCCCCUGCCCCCCGCAGAGUCCGCCGUGCUUUUGGCCCUGCUGGGAUCGCUGCGGGCGCAGCUGGGAGCGCUGGGAGCACUGGGAGCACUGGGAUCGCUCCGGAAUCACUUCCGGGGGCUCUGGGGGUCCCUGCGGGGCCCCUGCCCCCCCCUCAACCCCUUCCUGCUGCCACUGGCCUUACUGGGAGCACUGGGACGGGGGGCCUGAGGGGGGGA